AACAAAAUGUCGUUGGAUGCAAAGAGCACAGAGAAUUGGACGCUAAUUUCAUGGGUUCCAAAGGUUAAGACAGAUGUAGCUAAGAAGAUACUGCAAAAGAAGACAGGUGACUUGGCUUGCAAGUCAAGCACUGAGAUGACCAAAGAUCCCAAAAAGGUAUGUCUUUGCUCACCAACGGCUCACGAUGGGUCCUUCCGAUGCCACCUUCACCGAACCACCACCGGUGCUGCUCCCACGGCUAACCCUAAGACCACGGCCGUGAAGAAAGAUCGACCACCACUGUCACGGCUCAGUGUGGUCACAUCAUCUGAGAAUACUGAAUAGCGUUCCGUUUUAUCCGACGCAUAAU